AUGCACGAUUUGAUCAAAUCCUUGCAGUCGCAGGAUAAAGAACCAAAGCAGAACAUCGCCACAUGGAGCAAGGAGCCCUCGAAGGAAAGAAAUCUCCAGACUGGAUCUGGUUGCCCUUCGUUGAAGCCCAACCGUGUGGAAUAUUCAAAAUACAAGUCUCCAGAGCUCCUCUCCUCUUGGAUUAAAAGGAAGUGGCUUUUGGAACCACAGGGUGGUCUUCUUGCCAGAAAUGUAGGAGGAUCACCGGAGAGCACACUGAGAGCACAACUCUUCCCGAAUGCAACCCCUGAGGUUGCUCCCCAUGAAAGCCCCCGAGGGAGAACUGCUCCACUAACAGACUGCUCUGAAGCAAACAGGGGCCAUCUCAGUAACGGGAUUAGGAGCAUAAGCCCUAACUAUUCCACAGCAACGGAAGCUCUUCAUAAUGAGAUGCAGAUGGAGGAGGAGGAAGAACUGCAACAGUUAAUGAUGAAGUUGAAGGAUGCCUUGUCUCUCCAAGUAUGGCAAGGUCAGCUCUCUGUUCUUAAGGAAGGAUUGCUCUUAAAAGCUAAGAACGUUUGCAAGUCUUUCUCUGAUGUUAUCAGCCAAGUAACCUCACCAACUAGGAAAUAUGGUUAUGCUAAUAUUGGUUCUCCUGCCUCCAUCACUGCCUGAUUGCCUAAGGUAAAAAAGACAUCUACAUAAUACUAAUUCUCAAAAGUGUCCAGAAAUUCAUUUAGAGUUAGCUGGCAUGGUUAUAUUCUGGAACAGAAGAUUUUCAUGCAAUGCUACAGUCAA